AUGGUGGAGACUGCUACAAUCCCACCAUCUGAAAUUCCGAUUCUGAAAUUCUGUGACCUGGAACCAUCGGCUGAUGUUCAAGAAAAUAUUUCAAUAAUAGAAUUGCCAGGACAUGCUACUACUCCUUCUACAAAAGAGGACUCCACAUCCGAACUGUCUGAUUCAAUCCCACCGAUACCUGCCAAAAAAGAAGUUUCGAUAAUGGAUAUGCCAGAUCUGGUUGUCAGAGAAAUUCUGCGUCCGUUUCAUUUUGAUUUUGUUUCAAUUCAUAAACUCCGAAAAGUGUGUAGAGCACUCCGUGAUUAUCUUGAUGAUCUAAAAAUGAUCAGUAAUGUAACAAGUGUUAAUAUCAAAGUGGACGUUCAUGGCAUCAAGGUGGUCGAGAAAGUGCUCGGUGGAGUUAUCACAUCAGAAUACAAAAACCACAAAGAUGGAUGUGAAGUAACAUGUGACGGUCAGACGACAAUUAUUAUCAAUGGAGAUUUCAUUGAUGCAUUCAUUGGUGACUUUCUCUGGGCAAUUUUGAGCAAUCAAGAGACUCUUCUUGACAAGUUUAUAAUGAAAGGUCCACGAGACGCCAAAAAGUUUUUUGCUGCCACUAUCGACAAGUUAUUUGAUCGAUUGAUACUGGUAUUGGAAUCAAGAAACCGUUUACUGCAAAUCAAACACUUGGAAGUUUUUGCUCGUAGACCUGAUCAAGUAACACAAUUACUUCGACAUAUCGAUUUGGAAUUUUUGGAAUUUUUAAGUGGGGAUAGAGUUUCUGUAGACGAUUGCUAUUUGGAACAUCCGAAUGGAUACUAUUGCAAUCUCGAUAUGCUAAAAGAUUGUAAAAAUCUGAAGGAGCUUUGUUUUUAUUGCUUUACCACAACCACUCCACUCGCUUUUCUCCUACAUAUCGCUAAGAUACACGUUGAUCUGGCUUCGCUUUCCAGAAACGAUAUGUGGAGAUUAAAGGAGAUCAUACUCGAAUCACGCUAUUACACCUUUACUUCCACUAUCUACUUUUUUGACGAAGGAAUUUACCUUAAAGAUCUCGAUUUCGACGAGUGGGGUACUGGAUCUACAAAUGACCACUUUAGCCUUGAAACAUGUGAAUACAAUUCUAUUAUUCUGUGGAGACACUUGAACUGA